UGUUCAAUUUCUGAUGGCACUAUUCUGGCAAAUGGUGUGCAGGCUCCUCAGAAGCACCAGAAAUAUGUUUCUCGUGUUCUUGGUCUUCCAAUGUCAAAAAUUGUUUGCAAAACAAAGCGAAUUGGUGGUGGAUUUGGUGGGAAGGAAACCAGGUCAGCCUUCAUUGCUGCUGCGGCUUCUGUGCCAUCAUAUAUUUUGAAUCGGCCUGUAAAAAUAACAUUAGACAGGGAUAUAGACAUGAUGAUAUCUGGGCAACGGCAUAGCUGUCUUGGAAAGUACAAGGUUGGAUUCACAAGUGAUGGGAAGAUUCUGGCUUUGGAUCUUGAAAUCUACAAUAAUGCCGGAAAUUCGCUGGACCUGUCUGUGGCAGUCCUUGAGCGUGCUAUGUUCCACUCAGAUAAUGUCUAUGAGAUACCAAAUAUCAGAAUCAAUGGAAAAGUUUGCUAUACUAAUUUUCCUAGUAACACAGCUUUUCGGGGAUUUGGUGGGCCUCAAGGCAUGCUUAUUACAGAAAACUGGAUCCAACGAGUCGCCAUGGAGCUUAAGAAGAGGGUUGAAGAGAUAAGGGAGAUCAAUUUUCAAAGAGAAGGAUCUAUUUUGCAUUAUGGUCAACAAAUUCAACACUCCACACUAGCCCAAGUUUGGAACGAAUUGAAGUCAUCUUGUGAAUUUUUUAAGGCCCGGGAGGAAGUUGACCAAUUUAAUCUGCACAAUCGAUGGAAGAAGCGGGGAGUUGCUAUGGUUCCAACAAAAUUUGGCAUUUCCUUCACAACGAAGUUCAUGAAUCAGGCUGGUGCUCUUGUGCAAGUUUACACUGAUGGAACUGUUUUAGUAACCCAUGGGGGUGUCGAGAUGGGACAAGGUCUACACACGAAGGUUGCUCAGAUUGCCGCUUCAUCCUUCAAUAUUCCUCUCAGUUCUGUAUUUAUAUCAGAGACAAGUACUGACAAGGUCCCAAAUGCAUCACCAACUGCAGCUUCUGCCAGUUCUGACAUGUAUGGAGCAGCAGUUUUGGAUGCUUGUGAGCAGAUUAAAUCACGGAUGGAACCUGUUGCAUCUAGACAUAAGCAUAGUUCUUUUGCUGAGCUUGUAAGCGCGUGCUACAUAGAGAGGAUAGACCUUUCUGCACAUGGAUUCUACAUUACACCUGAGAUUGGGUUUGAUUGGAAAACUGGUAAAGGAGUCCCAUUCAGUUAUUUCACCUAUGGCUCUGCAUUUGCCGAGGUUGAAAUUGACACUUUGACUGGAGAUUUCCACACAAGAAGAGCAGAUGUUAUGUUUGAUCUUGGAUUUUCUCUGAAUCCAGGCAUUGAUGUGGGACAGAUUGAAGGGGCCUUUAUACAAGGUUUGGGUUGGGUUGCCUUGGAAGAGCUAAAAUGGGGAGAUGCAGAGCAUAAGUGGAUUCCACCUGGCCAUUUAUAUACCUGUGGACCUGGAAGUUACAAAAUUCCUUCUGUUAAUGAUAUCCCUCUCAAAUUCAAUGUUUCACUUCUCAAGGGUGUCCCUAAUCCAAAGGCCAUUCAUUCAUCUAAAGCUGUCGGAGAGCCUCCAUUCUUCCUUGCCUCAUCGGUUUUCUUCGCCAUUAAAGAUGCGAUCAUAGCUGCAAGAGCAGAGUUGGGUUGUAAUGACUGGUUUCCACUUGAUAAUCCAGCAACUCCAGAGCGGAUUCGGAUGGCUUGUAUAGAUGAUUUCUCUGAGCGAUUUGUGAAGUCAGAUUUCCACCCAAAACUUAGUGUGUAGCGCAUUUCAUUUUUGGCUUCUGAUUGUUCCUUUAUUGAAAUCCCAUUUCUGGAUGCUUCAAAUUUGUACAUCUUAUGUGGCUAUACAAACCCUACCCAAAAAAAAAAAAAUAAUGUAAGUAUACAAAUAAUCGUUGUAAGAGGUUCUGAGCAAAAAUAAGUCAAUCAGGUAAUGCAAAGUUCUCUCCUUAUUCUUUUUUCU